AUGUUCCUCUCUGAGAAUCGAAUUGAAAUCAUAACGUUCCUCUCUCAGGAUCGAAUAAUGUUCUCUCGGAGCUACGGACCGGCAGUCUGGAUCACUCUGUGGAUGGGACUUGUUGGUGGGAUUAGUAUCCAGGUCAUCCCACCGUAUCCCAUGGUUGGACAGUCGGUCACCCUCAGUGUUACUGGGAUCUCUGGAAAAACUCUAACCAUCAGCUGGUAUAGAAGAUCAAAUCGUGAAUCACUUAACCAAUUUUUCUUACAAUUCAAGGGGGAACCUUUCCUAAAGAAUUUUGGAGACCCAUCUUUAGGUAGAUUUAGGGACCUCGCUAAUGGUUCAUUGCUAAUCUCAGAACUCACUCUUGAAGACCAAGAUAUUUACACAAUAUUAGUACAAGCACUGGACGGGAAACAGCAAUCUUCAGUAAAUCUCACUGUAUAUGAGAAUCCCGUCACAGAAAUAACUGAAACUUCCACAACGGCUGGGGCUCGGGGCGUUGCAAAUGGACUAUCCUGGACUGCAGUUACAGUUGGACUUAUCUGCGGGACCAUCCUGGGAAUUGUUCUGAUUGUCAGCGUAACCAUCCUUCUGUAUAAAAGAUGCAUGACUCCAGCCAAAGAAAACCGGAACGGACCCAGCACUCACAGACAGAUGACACCUACUGUUUAUUACAAUCAACCUAAUAAUUCACGGGUGAGAGAGACGGAAGCGGUUUAUGAGAUUCCAUCGUACACGGGUCUACAGUUUCCCUCCCAGGACUCUUACACUGAGCUGCAGAGAUGAGACUGAGAUACCGACAUUUUUAUCAUAAGAUACUCUUUGUUAUGGUCAUUGUAAUUAUUAUAUUUACAGUCAAUGUAUUAUGUUUUGUUUAUUUUUAUUAAAUGCUAUCACUUAAUCCCA